AUGUGUUUGCUUCUCGGCGUCGUGCAAUUUUUGCAGCCAGAGAACAAGUAUGUAGAUUUAGCCAUUUCGUUCGGGAUUACCCUCGUGUUGAGCGUGUCGAUUUACGUCGCGUUGCCGAGAUCCAUCGCCAACGUCACAUUCUUUCUGUUUCUCACCAGCGUGCUGAGCGUGUCGUUCGGAAGCGCGAUGAGUUACUGGUUCACGGUGGAUGAAAAGUGCAACCCGGGCGGGCCGCACUUUGAUUAUCUCUUUUUCUCCGUGUACACGUCAAUCAUCGCGCGCAUUUGUACCGCCAUUGGUGUGUACUUAUUUCAAGUGUUCUUUUCAAACGCCAACGUGCGAGUGACGUUUUGGGUGUCGGCGAUUUUGAGCUCCAUGGCGAGCAUCUCCGAUUACUGCAUCGUCAAGCGCUGGAACCUUCGCGUCGGAUUAUCGGACAAGGCGUUCUACUUGAUCGGCGACACCGUGUUGGAACCGAUGGUUGGGAUGAUGGCAUCCAUGCCGAGCAUGGUUUUGAUGUCGAAGAUGUGUCCAGAGAAUAUGGAGGCGACGAUGUUUGCCAUCUUGGCGAGCUUCAACAACCUCGGCUACUCGCUCUCGAGCGCGCUCGGCGUCUUCGCCAUGGACGUAGCGGGGAUUAAAACCGACCUCACCUCGGGCGAAGGCGGUGCGUGCGACUUCUCAGGCUUACCCAGCCUGGUGUUUUACUGCGGCAUGCUCCUUCCGUUGGUUUCCAUCCCCCUCACCUUCGUCUUCGUCCCGAACAUUAAUAUGCAGGACGUCGUCGACCUGGACACGGGUAAAGCCGUCGCGAGCUCGGCCGACGACGCCAACGAAGCGCCCACCGAGCGCGUACCACUCUUAGCGAAAUCCACUUAG